CAGUCGCGGCGGAAGGUGAAGGAGGAGAAGACAGAGAGGCAACUGCGACAGCGAUGGGUAUCGAUCUAAUUGCCAGUGGCAAGAGCAAGAAGACCAAGCGGACUGCCCCAAAAUCUAAUGAUAUUUACCUCAAGCUUCUCGUUAAGCAGUAUCGGUUUCUGGUGCGGAGGACUAGAAGCAAGUUCAAUGCGGUGAUACUGAAGAGGCUAUUCAUAAGCAAGGUGAACAAGGAACAGCCUCCGAUGUCUCUAUCUAGGUUGAUUUGCUACAUGGAAGGAAAGGAUGAUAAGAUAGCUAUGCUUAUUGGGACGGUUACCGACGAUACUAGGGUUUAUAAGAUCCCGACACUGAAGGUGGCUGCUCUGAGGUUCAUGGAAAGAACGAGGACGAGGAUAGUAAAGGUUGGAAGAGACUGGUUGACUUUCGACCAGCUUGCUUUUAGGGCUCCUCUUGGGUAGAAAAUGGUUUUCCUAAGGGAUCCUAAGAACGUCCAUGAAGCAGUGAAACACUUCGGCAAGGCUUCUGGUGUGCCACACAGCCACACUAAACCCU